AUGAAUUGGGAAGACAUCUUAUGUGCCAUAUUUUGCUCUUUAUUCUUUGCAGUAGUUGCAGCCUCGGAGCUGUUUUCACCCUUCUCCUUCAACAAAUAUGAGCUAGAGCAUUACAAAAACGAGAUCCGCUCUCUCUUCUAUCAUGGAUACGACCAAUACCUACAGCAUGGAUAUCCAUUUGAUGAGGUCAGGCCCAUAUCAUGCGUCCCCAACAAGCGAAACUUUCAAGAUCCCUACGACAUCAGUACGAAUGAUGUCCUAGGCAACUUCACGACCACGCUUAUUGACUCAUUGACUACCAUUGCAGUCAUGGGAGACGUAGACAAAUUCCUGGAGGGAGUAGAGCUGGUGAACAAGGUAAUACCUGCAGAUUUUUCACUAAAUGUCACGGUGCAGGUGUUUGAGACGACGAUCAGGCUUGUUGCCGGCCUCAUGUCAGCGCAUUUAUAUGCUGUGGACCCCACCAAGAAAGUUUACCUCGGCUCGCAAUAUGAUGGCCACCUGCUCGCCAAGGCAAAGAAGCUAGCGGACCGACUACUUCCGGCCUAUUUAACAGAAACUGGUCUACCCGUUCCACGCGUUAACCUAGCUAACGGGCUGGAAGGAGUUCCGGAAGAGCUACUGCAAGAAAACAAUGCUGCUGCAAGCGCCUCACCGAUGCUUGAGUUCACAAUGCUUUCGUAUCUGACGUUUGAUGAAAAGUAUCGGCUGAUCGCUCGGUAUGCCUUUAACAAGACCUGGUCGCUUCGGAGUGACCUCAACCUUCUCCCAAUGUCUUUUAAUCCGCAUACGGAAGAUGUCUAUCAUCCUAUGACUGGUGUUGGGGCUUCAAUUGACUCCUUCUACGAAUAUGCCAUAAAAGGCUCCAUUCUUUUUGACGACUCUGAUCUCCAUAGUGUAUGGGAAACGGCAUAUUAUGCUUUAUCCGUCUAUUCGAAAUCUGAUUGGUUCUUUCAGAACGUCCAUACUGCAACCGGUGAUAUUGUAACGCCCUGGAUCGAUUCCCUGAGCAUGUUUUUCCCUAUGCUGCAGGUUUUACAUGGUGACAUUGCGGAUGCCGAACUAAAGAACCUUAUGUCUUUGAAACUCUGGAACACUUACGGCGGAAUUCCUGAACGCUGGCUAUUCACUACUCUCUACAAGAAACAGCAAGUUACCGUAAAUGAUACCGUGCAGCUCGAGUGGUAUCCUUUACGGCCAGAGUUUGUAGAAUCAACCUAUUCCCUUUACAGGGCCACUAAAGACGCAUUUUAUCUGAAUAUCGGACGAAGCAUCCUCCAGGCUCUAUCAACGCGCUUUAAAACGAAAUGUGGGUUUGCGGGCAUACAAAACGUCAUAACGGGAGAGCCACAUGAUAGGAUGGAAUCGUUCGUUUUGGGCGAGACCUUAAAAUAUCUCUAUCUCCUCUUUGACGUAUCCAAUGAAUUGCAUACACAAAAACGCACUAACCAAAUAUUUAGCACUGAGGCGCAUCCACUGUGGUUGACUGCCUCGAUGAAGGCUCGCUACGAAAAGAACAAGUACUGUGAAAACGACGUGUAUAUACAGAACUUGCGUCGCCUACAGGAGCUUGACCAGCUGAAAAGCCGUGCCAAUUCAUCCACUGCAGAGGAAGCCAUGAUACCAGCUCCAGAUUUCAAAACAGAAGACUCCGAGGAGUCUUUGAAGGACCGCGUUGCAGCGCCAAUACUAGAGGCCUCACACGUAGAAUACGACCACGUUCGUGGAACAUGCAGACCUCUCCGCCGCAACAAAUCCGCCUUCUAUGACUCGCACCUGCUGAACCAUUUCCACCGCCUCUUUGAGAUCGACUACCGUUACAAUGUCACGCUGCUGCGUCCGCACUGGAUGCGAAGCCAGCACGCGAUAGAGCUGGAGAGCGGGUUUUAUCGCCGCUGGAGCACGGCUGCCGCACAGUCGCAGCUGGCCACGAAUACGGUCUCGCUAGAGCUCAUUUUGGAUGGCGCAAACCGCCCGCUCUUUCCCCCGCAGUCGACCCGUGACUGUUUCUACCGCUACUUUCCAGCCUUGCGAUGCUCCCGCCUCCGGGUCGAGCGCAUCACCCCCAACGCCACAUCAUCCUACGGGCUGCAAGUCGCGCCGGCAGCUUUCUGCGGCCUGUCCUACGAAAGCAUCGCCGGGCCCGCCUGCGACCGUAGCCUUCCCGAAUUUCUGCUGCUUACCGCCGUGGACGGCCAGGCCAUCGCACAAGAGGAAGUGGUUCUCGUGGACUACGAAGAUCUUUUCGGGCCUCACGCCCUGCAUCUGAAACACGUACUCGGCUACAAUGCGCAGCACCAACUCCUGCUCAACUGCGUUCCUGUCGUGAACGUCUACGUUCAGUGGAGCGGCCACGCCGCCAAGGCGCACUUUGGCAGCUGCCGAACUGCUGCCUUACAUAAUCCAGCCCAAGAUUUUCAAUGCAGCCCUUUACAUAACCGGAUAGAUUGA